AUGGAUGUCAAGGAGACUAACGUGUCAUCGCCAGCCUCAUCUGAGAUAAACUCUAACCCUAAGAUCGAGGAACCCAGUGUAGAUAAUCAGAAGGACGAUAUCGCUAUUGUUGAUGAGGGUGUUGCUUUGAGUGGUCAGGAAUCCAAUGUGGAUGUUCUUACAUCUAUAUCUACAACAGUUCGAUCCCCUUUAAGUAGCAUUUUAGCAUCAUUGGAAUCCGUAUGUGAGCGGUUAGACCGUUUAUCAGAGUCUGUUCAACGUUUGGAGAGCAGUCAGGGCGUUAUCUUACGUCGUGUGAGCCGUAAAAGUGGCUAUAAUCAAUUUUUGAUCGACUGA